AGAGCUGCGAGCUCCCAAUCCCGCGGAGCAGCCCGGCCAUGGCGUCCUCCGUCGCCGGCGGGGUGCCGUCGAGGUCCGCCAUCGUGGCUGACACGACCAGCGGGCACCACCUGCUCACCAUCCACGGCUACUCCCGCACCAAGGACAUGCCCACCGGAGAGCGCGUCAAGUCUCACCCUUUCAUCAUCGGCGGCCACCGCUGGCGGAUCGACUACUACCCCGGCGGCGUGCGCCCGGAGGUCGCGGACUACGUGUCCCUCUCCCUGAUACUAGAGGAAGAUGGCCCGGCGCCGGUGAAGGCCCAGUACGACAUCUGCCUCGUUACCAAGGAGGAGGAGGCGGAGCAGGCCGCGUCGAUGGCGUCGGCACCGGUCGACGAAUUCGCUCCCCGCAAGGGCUGGGAGUACUCCAAGUUCGUCAGGAGGGUGGAGCUGGAGAGCUCAAAGUAUCUCACCAACGAUUCGUUCACCGUCCGGUGCGAUAUCGUUGUCGUCCAUGGUUACCGCGCCGCCGGCGGCAUGGCGGCCUUGGUCUCUGUGCCCCCAUGUGACCUGCGUGAGAACCUGGGCAGGCUCCUCGACACCGGGAUGGGCGCCGACGUGGUGUUUGAGGUCGGCGGCGAGACCGUCGCGGCACACCGGUGCGUGCUCGCGGCCUGCUCUCCGGUGUUCGCCGCCCAACUCUUUGGACCCAUGAAGGAGGGUAAUGCCGCCCACGGCGGCGUCGUUUGCGUGGAAGACAUGGACGCGGAGGUGUUCAAGGCGUUGCUCCGUUUCACAUACGCCGGCUUGUUGCCGGAGACGUUCAAGGAAGACGGAGUCGUAUGCCAGCAUCUGCUCGUUGCUGCGGACAGGUAUGGCAUGGGGCGGCUAAAGCUGAUCUGCGAGCAGAAGCUGUGCGAGUACAUCGACAUCGGCACGGCAGCAACCAUCCUGACGCUGGCCGAGCAGCACCGCUGUGAGGGGCUGAAGAAGGCCUGCUUCGAUUUUCUCACCGCUCCACCAAAUCUGAGGGCUGUCGUGGCCACCGACGGCUUCCAGCAUCUGAUCGCGAGCUGCCCUUCUCUUAUGGUCGAGCUCAUGGCUAUGUCCCCUACACAUUAGCUGAGUGAUGGAUGUGCCUCUGAGUGUUGUAGCAAUGGUGAACCGAGAUGCAAAAAUUAGCCUCAUUUCGCCCCUGUUUUAUCAGUUCAUUGCAUCUGUAACUGUGCCUAUUAACCAGGAAGUGCGUUGGAAUCGGAGGUGAUAAAAUGCUAAGGUUUUUAGGCAAUGGUAGCUUGUGGUUUCAGGUCUUUGUUAUCUGAUAUUGCGCUUGUGGUUCCAUGGUUUCUGAACCUUAUUGAGAAAAUAUAAUUAUGUUCUUAUUAUCA